UAAAUCUUCAUACAUCUCAUUUCGCACUUGUCUUCUCUGCUUCCGAAACAACACACACCAAAUUAACAAAGCCUUCUUUUUCUUGUGUGAUCUCACAAGCCCCUAAAGGCCACCAUGUCUUCCUUCAAGAGCAAAUUCCAAGAUGAGUUGAUUGCCAAUGCUAGUUACAUUGGCACCCCAGGAAAGGGUAUCCUUGCGGCUGACGAGUCAACAGGGACAAUUGGGAAGCGUUUGGCGAGCAUCAACGUGGAGAAUGUUGAAACAAACAGGCGCAUUCUUCGUGAGCUCCUAUUCACUGCCCCUGGUUGUCUUGAGCGCCUCAGUGGUGUCAUCUUGUUUGAGGAAACCCUCUACCAAAAAUCCGCUGCAGGAGUACCCUUCGUGGACAUACUAAAGAAAGGAGGAGUUCUCCCGGGCAUCAAGGUGGACAAGGGAACCGUGGAGCUCGCCGGAACAAACGGCGAAACCACCACGCAGGGCCUGGACGACCUUGCUCAGCGCUGCAAGAAGUACUACGAAGCCGGAGCAAGGUUCGCCAAGUGGCGCGCAGUGUUAAAGAUAGGUCCAAACGAGCCCUCUCCGCUCUGUAUCCAUGAAAACGCCAAUGGUCUUGCUCGCUACGCCGCCAUCUGCCAAGAAAACGGCCUCGUCCCCAUCGUGGAGCCCGAGAUCCUCUCCGAUGGGCCCCACGACAUCGCGAAAUGCGCCGACGUAACGGAGCGCGUGCUGGCCGCAUGCUAUAAAGCCCUAAACGACCACCACGUGCUCCUGGAGGGCACGCUGUUAAAGCCCAACAUGGUGACUCCUGGAUCCGAAAGCGCACGUGUGAAGGCUGAGGUCAUAGCGGAGCAUACGGUGAGGGCGCUGCAGAGGACCGUGCCUCCUGCGGUUCCGGCGAUUGUGUUUCUCUCCGGAGGACAGAGCGAGGAGGAGGCGACAGUGAAUUUGAACGCGAUGAAUCAGCUGAAGGGGAAGAAGCCCUGGUCGUUGACUUUCUCUUAUGGGAGGGCGCUGCAGCAGAGCACGCUCAAGGCGUGGGGUGGAAAGGACGAGAACAUCCCCAAGGCGCAAAGCGCGUUGCUGGUGAGGUGCAAGGCGAAUUCUGAGGCUACUCUUGGAACUUACAAGGGGGAUGCCACGCUUGGGGAAGGGGCUUCUGAGUCUCUUCAUGUUAAGGAUUAUAAGUACUAAGAGAGAGGUGUGAGAUUGGUUCUUUUGGAAUGGAAUUGUUUGUUUCUUUGGGCCUGUUUUGGAUAUUCAAGAGUGUUUUUCAAAAAAUUUCUACUGAAAAGGAAAGAAAUUCUCCAGAACACUUCUAGCAUUGUUUCCAGAGAGGCUCAAAUUGUUUUUGUUUGCAUUGUUAAGGAUGUUGAUGGUGCUGUUUUGUAGGUUUCUAUGAGUUUGUUUUUGGUUUGAGAUUCUGGGUCGUAGGAGGUAAAGUGAGAAUAAUAAUGCCUUUAGCUGCAUUGGCCUGAUCGGCUUUUACUCUUUGACUAUGUUAUUUGUAUAAUUUUUUUUUUUUGUUUUUCAAUUAUUACACUGCUUACUUUCUUCUUCCUUUUUGUAAUAAAAAACAAGUGAAAGGUACUUAUGAGUGCACUGUUUCUCUGCU